AUGUUGGCACAAGAUGAGACGGUAGGCAGAUCGCAGACAAGGGAUGUGGCCAGAGAAUAUGGGCGGACCCAGGGUCCUGCUGGGGAGUCCAUACCAGAAGAUCCUACGAACUCUGAGAACAGAUCAGCCGCAGAGGAUGUCUCAAACUACUCGCUGGGCAUUGUGGGCCCUUCAGACAGAUUACUGGUUGAUGGCGAUGUGGAGGGAGCAGACGCAGCACUGUAUGCUGCAGACCGUGCGCAGAAGCAGGGCCGCAGCGAGGAUGCUGUGCUGGACGCCCUAGAAGCUGCAGAAACCCAGUACAAUGCCAGCCAUCAGCCGGAUCCUGGGAAGGGGUUAUUCAGCAGGAUGGAGGGAACGCUGAACGGCAGCAGCGUGGCCCCCGGGUCCCCCCGUUCUCCCAGGGGCAUAGCCAGAACAGGCUCGGGGGUCAAGGGGGCGCUACACAUCGACGAUGCCACGCGACAGAAGGUCCGCGAGCGAAUAGCGGCGGGGUUGAGGAAGAACCCUAAUCUCUCGGAGGGGAGUCAGGACAUCGAGAGCAUAGCUGCCGCCUGCGAGGAGACAUGCUUCCUCAGCUGCUCUACCAGGACGGUGUUCUUUUCAAAGGCCGGCAAUGCCGCCCGUCUCGCGGCGUCCCUGCCGGCUGCUGACCUGGCAGAGCUGCCCAGAAUCGCCAGCGGGCAGGCCAAGCAGGUGUCCUUCACAUACUUGUUGGGCAACGCUCUUUGGUUUGUUGCCACCUCGUUCCAGAUCGUGGAAGCUUUGAACCCCGGCUAUGACUUGAAAGUGGUUGAGUGGGAAGCUGGCGGCCGAAUGGGGCCCAAGCCAAGGUACAUAUGGUUUGGGCUUCGCCUGACCAACCUCGCCUGGUGGGGAGCAUGCAGCUACACUCUCGGAGUGGCUCUAUAUCUGGGCGCAGCAAUUGCAACCAUCAUCAACGAUUGCCCCAACACUCUUCUCGCACCCAAUGUCUACCUGUGGCUGGUUGAUUACUUCUAUCUGAUUGCUGGCGUCCUCUUUGCGCUGUCCGGCAUCGCCUAUGUGAUGUAUGAGAUCUCCAUGUGGCUCAUUCCAGGCAUCUUCUGCCCCUUCACUCGCAAGCAUGCCACCUCGCUGCAGUGGUGGGCUCUGUGGUUUUACUUCUGGGGCGGAAUCGGAUUCGCCAUGGGCGGCAUUCAGCUCUACUGGUACUCUCCCAUCAAUCUGGUGGAGACUGUUGAUCAGUACAACAUAAUUACGGGGGUCGGUUUUGGCGGCGGCUCAAUCUGCUUCUUCCUCGGUGCUACUCUCCUGCUUGCCCGCCAGUCCCGUGGUCGCUGCAAGCCCAGCUACGGCAUCACUGCCAGUCGGCUGGACCCCACCAUCCACACCGGCUCCCACUACAUGGACGGCACCUCCGCCGCCAACAAAGUUUGA